AUGCACCCGGCGCUCGGUCACCCUCGCCCGCUCUCGUCGUCUCCGGGCGCCUUCCCGCCGCCGCCGCCCGCCGCCCGGCUGCAGCCCCUCUUCUUCCGUGGAGGGUCGCCCCGCGGCCUGGGGGUUUCGGGCGACAGCGGCAGCAGUAGCCCCAGCCCCAGUCCCAGCCGCGGGGGCGGCCGGCGCUGCGGGGGCGACUUAGGGAGCGGCGGCGGCGGCAGCAGCAGUGGCACCGGCGGCGCGGGGCGGGAAGACGACGAGAGCAUCAGUCUUAGCAAGCCGCUGGUGGCGGCCUCCGCGCCCGGGGGACCCUCGGCGCCAGGGGACGCCGCGCCCGCCGCCUUCUCUUCGUCGGUCGCCACCUGCUCUUCCGCGUCCACGCCCGCCUCCUCCUGCGGCAUGACGGCCGGCGACUUCGGCGGGGGCGCCGCGGUCAGGACCGUCGGAGGGGCUGGGGGGCGCUCGGCCGGGGGCGCGGGGGGCGCGGGGCCCGGCGGCGGCGCCUGCUGCUGCCCCUGCUGCUGCUGCUGCUGCGGCGGCGGCGACCACCCGGCCCCUGCCGGCCGCCGACGAGGGCGCCACGGGUGCGCCUUGGGGUCCGGGUGCCGCUGGGGCUACCAAGCGCUGUCCGUGGUGCUGCUGCUGGCGCAGGGCGGGCUGCUGGACCUGUACCUCAUCGCUGUCACCGACCUGUACUGGUGCUCCUGGAUCGCCACGGACCUGGUGGUGGUGGUGGGCUGGGCCAUCUUCUUCGCUAAAAACAGCCGGGGCCGUCGGGGCAGUGCGGCGGGCGGCGCGUAUGGCCACCCCCAGCACCAGCACCACCACGCCGCGCCGCCCCUGCACCUGCCCACCGCCGCAUCGGGCGCCUCGGCCGGAGCCGCGAGCGGAGCCAAGACGCGCGGGGGCCGCGGGGCUGUCAGCGGCCCCGCCGGCGGCCCAGGACCCGCGGCGGUGGCGGGCGAGUUCGCCUUCGCCUAUCUGGCCUGGCUUAUCUACUCCAUCGCCUUCACUCCCAAGGUAGUGCUCAUUCUGGGCACAUCCAUCCUGGACCUCAUCGAGCUGCGCGCGCCCUUCGGCACCACGGGCUUUCGCCUCACCAUGGCGCUGUCGGUACCCCUCCUCUAUAGCCUGGUGCGGGCCAUCAGCGAGGCGGGAGCCCACGCGGGCUCGGCGGGGCCCCUGCUGCUGCAGCCCCAGCAGCACCGCGCGGCCGGCUGCUUCCUGGGCACCUGCCUGGACUUGCUCGACAGCUUCACCCUGGUGGAGCUGACGCUGGAAGGUCGCGUGCCGCUGCCCGCACACCUGCGCUACCUGCUGCUUGCGGUCUACUUCCUCACCCUCGCCUCACCGGUGCUCUGGCUGUACGAGCUCAACGCCGCCGGCGUCCCGUCGCGGGCUCAAACUUCUGGGGCGGGCAGCUGCAGCCGCCUCCUGCGCCUGCUGGGGGGCUGCUUGGUGGACGUGCCCCUGCUGGCGUUGCGUUGCCUCCUGGUGGUGAGCCACCAGCAGCCGCUCUCCGUCUUCAUGCUGAAGAACCUCUUCUUCCUCGGCUGCCGCGGCCUGGAGGCCCUGGAGGGUUGCUGGGACCACCGGGGCGAGGCCUUCCCGAGUCAGGGCAGAGGGGGCUACAGCGCCCCUCCGUCUGCCCCUCUGCCGCUGCCUCCCGGAGGCUCCCAGCUGGGCCACUGCAUCUCGGAGAAUGAUGGGGGUCCCCAUGGCUAUGUAAACACCCUGGCUGUAGCCCCCCCAGAACUGAGAGGGUGA